CGUCCAGAAAACCACAACCCAAACGACCGAGCCUUUCAUCAAGGAACAAACCAUCAUACGAGACAGACGCCGGCCGCGACACAAGCGGACGAUCCCCGGAGUGCGGAUCGAUGGCGCCGGUGAGCAACGAGACGUUCCUCCCGACGGCGGCCUGGGGGGAGGCGACGCUGCGCCCGUCCUUCGUGCGGGACGAGGACGAGCGGCCCAAGGUGGCGCACGACCGCUUCAGCGAUGCGGUGCCGGUGAUCUCGCUCGAUGGCAUCGACGGCGCGCGCCGGGCCGAGAUCCGGGACCGCGUGGCGGCGGCCUGCGAGGGCUGGGGCAUCUUCCAGGUGGUCGACCACGGCGUCGACGCCGACCUCAUCGCCGACAUGACGCGCCUCUCUCGCGAGUUCUUCGCGCUGCCCGCCGAGGACAAGCUCCGGUACGACAUGUCCGGUGGCAAGAAGGGCGGCUUCAUCGUCUCCAGCCACCUGCAGGGUGAGGCGGUGCAGGACUGGAGGGAGAUUGUGACCUACUUCUCGUACCCGGUGAAAGCACGGGACUACGGGCGGUGGCCGGAGAAGCCGGCGGGGUGGCGCGCUGUGGUGGAGCGAUACAGCGAGCGACUCAUGGGGCUGUCGUGCAAGCUGCUGGGCGUGCUGUCCGAGGCGAUGGGCCUGGAGUCGGAGGCGCUCGCCAAGGCGUGCGUGGACAUGGACCAGAAGGUGGUGGUCAACUUCUACCCGCGGUGCCCCCAGCCGGACCUCACCCUGGGUCUCAAGCGUCACACCGACCCCGGCACCAUCACCCUCCUCCUCCAGGACCUCGUCGGCGGCCUCCAGGCCACCCGCGACGGCGGCAAGACCUGGAUCACCGUCCAGCCCAUCUCCGGCGCAUUCGUCGUCAACCUCGGCGACCACGGCCACUUCCUGAGCAAUGGCAGGUUCAAGAACGCGGACCACCAGGCGGUGGUGAACGGGGAGAGCAGCAGGCUGUCGAUCGCGACAUUCCAGAACCCGGCGCCGGACGCGAGGGUGUGGCCGCUGGCGGUGAGGGAGGGGGAGGAGCCCAUACUGGAAGAGCCCAUCACCUUCGCCGAGAUGUACCGCCGCAAGAUGGAGCGCGACCUCGACCUCGCCAAGCGCAAGAAGCAGGCCAAGGACCAGCUGAUGCAGCAGCAGCUCCAGCUGCAGCAGCAGCAGCAGGCGGUCGCCGCCGCGCCCAUGCCCACCGCCUCCAAGUCUCUCAACGAAAUUCUUGCCUGAUCAUUCCGGCGGCGCGCGAUUAAAUAUUUUAAAUUGAUUGAUGCGUGGUGGGAUUGAUUAUUCUCCUAAGUACGAGAUUAAUUAUGCAUAUAGUAUCCGUACGUGUGUAGCAGGGAGGAGCUCGACCUGUAAUAAUGUCGUGCGUGGAACUGAACCGAGCUAAGUAAGGAGCUAUCGUGAGUUUGGCGUGUGCAGAAAUAUAGCGUAUAUUUCGUACUGGUUUCUGUUAUAACCCAGCAGUGUGGUUGGGCUACAUUCGUUUCGUGUGCACAUGAGUUGUCCAUGUGCAUUUGGAACGGCGAGAGGCCUCACCCACCAGGGCUAGAGUGGUAGACGAUGCAUAACUUGGCAGUUACAAGACGGUUUUGCUAUUUCUAGAAAUAUUGCAAUGAACAUCAUAAUCAUGGGCUGUUG